AUGGACGUGGAUGCGAAUAUGGUAGCUGCGGAGGAAUCCGAUCAGGAUUUCUCGCCGGCAACGGCAACGGCUAAUGGUACGGCGCCGUCGUCGGAGCAAGGUGAUAAUUUAGGAUCUCAGCCACCUCCGCAGUCAGCUCAGCAAGGUUCUUCUGCUCCGCCUCAGCCGCAGCAGAGUAGUAAUAAUACCACUCCUGUGGUUGGGCCGAGGUGCGCCCCAACUUAUUCCGUCGUGAAUGCUAUUAUUGAGAAGAAGGAGGAUGGACCGGGGCCGAGGUGUGGGCAUACGCUCACGGCGGUUCCAGCUGUUGGAGAAGAAGGGAGUCCGGGUUAUAUUGGACCGAGAUUGAUUUUGUUUGGUGGUGCCACGGCUUUGGAAGGGAAUCCUGCUGCUUCUGGAACCCCAUCUUCUGCUGGAAGUGCUGGAAUACGAUUAGCCGGGGCCACAGCCGAUGUGCAUUGUUAUGAUGUGCUGACAAAUAAGUGGUCUAGAAUCACUCCUAUUGGGGAGCCUCCGACACCACGAGCAGCUCAUGUAGCUACUGCUGUGGGGACCAUGGUGGUUAUUCAGGGUGGCAUUGGUCCAGCAGGUUUGUCUGCUGAGGAUCUUCAUGUCUUAGACUUGACACAGCAACGGCCACGAUGGCACAGGGUUGUGGUUCAAGGGCCUGGACCCGGGCCGCGUUAUGGUCAUGUUAUGGCUUUGGUGGGGCAAAGAUAUCUCAUGGCAAUUGGUGGAAAUGAUGGGAAAAGGCCUUUAGCUGAUGUGUGGGCGCUGGACACAGCUGCGAAACCCUAUGAAUGGCGGAAACUGGAACCAGAAGGUGAAGGUCCUCCACCAUGCAUGUAUGCCACGGCAAGUGCUCGAUCUGAUGGCCUUCUUCUGCUUUGUGGGGGGAGGGAUGCUAACAGCGUGCCACUGCCAAGUGCAUUUGGGCUUGCCAAACAUAGAGAUGGUCGUUGGGAAUGGGCAAUUGCUCCUGGUGUCUCACCAUCUGCUAGAUACCAGCAUGCAGCUGUUUUUGUAAAUGCUAGGCUUCAUGUUUCUGGUGGGGCUCUUGGUGGUGGAAGGAUGGUGGAAGACUCAUCAAGUGUGGCAGUUCUGGAUACUGCAGCUGGAGUCUGGUGUGAUACGAAGUCCGUUGUUACUAGUCCUAGGACUGGCAGAUUCAGUGCUGACGCUGCUGGUGGAGAUGCUGCAGUUGAGUUGACUAGACGCUGUAGGCAUGCUGCUGCUGCUGUUGGUGACUUGAUCUUUAUCUACGGUGGACUGCGUGGUGGGGUUUUGCUUGACGAUUUGCUUGUUGCUGAAGAUCUGGCUGCUUCGGAAACAACAGCUGCAGCUUCACAUGCAGCUGCUGCUGCUGCAGUAUCUAAUCUACAGCCAGGAAGGUUGCCUGGGAGAUAUAUUGAUGAGAGGACCAGGCAGACAGUUUCUGAAUCAGUUACUGAUGGCGCUGUUGUACUUGGAACUCCAGUUGCUCCUCCUGUAAAUGGUGAUAUGCAUACUGAUAUUAGCACGGAAAAUGCAAUGCUUCAGGGUUCUCGGAGAUUGAGCAAAGGUGUGGACUACUUGGUUGAGGCCUCAGCAGCCGAGGCUGAGGCUAUAAGUGCCACAUUAGCUGCUGCAAAAGCUCGGCAGUACAACGGUGAAGUUGAACUCCCAGAUAGGGGGGAUCGUGGGGCAGAGGCAACUCCUAGUGGGAAGCAGAUAUCUUCGUUGAUUAAACCAGAUUCUGCUGCAUCAAGCAAUUCAGCUCCAGCAGGAGUUAGGCUUCAUCAUCGUGCUGUGGUGGUUGCUGCCGAAACAGGUGGGGCUUUAGGGGGGAUGGUGAGACAGCUUUCAAUUGAUCAAUUUGAAAAUGAAGGCAGACGUGUAAGCUAUGGGACUCCAGAGAAUGCAACAGCUGCUAGAAAACUCUUGGAUCGACAAAUGUCUAUCAAUAGUGUACCUAAGAAGGUGAUUGCUCAUCUUCUAAAGCCUCGUGGGUGGAAACCUCCGGUUAAGCGUCAGUUUUUCUUGGAUUGCAACGAGAUAGCUGAUCUCUGUGACAGCGCUGAAAGAAUUUUUUCUAGUGAACCCACGGUUUUACAGCUCAGGGCUCCAAUCAAGAUAUUUGGUGAUUUACAUGGACAGUUUGGAGAUCUUAUGCGCCUUUUUGAUGAGUAUGGGUCCCCUUCAACAGCUGGAGAUAUUGCAUAUAUCGAUUAUCUCUUCUUAGGAGAUUACGUCGACCGUGGUCAGCACAGCUUGGAAACUAUUACCCUUCUUCUUGCUCUAAAGGUUGAAUACCCCAUCAAUGUUCAUUUAAUUCGUGGAAAUCAUGAAGCAGCAGAUAUCAAUGCACUUUUUGGCUUUCGUAUUGAGUGUAUUGAACGCAUGGGUGAGAGAGAUGGAAUUUGGGCGUGGCAUCGGAUAAAUAGAUUAUUUAAUUGGCUUCCUCUGGCUGCAUUGAUUGAGAAGAAAAUAAUCUGUAUGCAUGGUGGUAUUGGAAGAUCAAUAAAUCAUGUGGACCAAAUCGAGAGUAUUCAGCGACCUAUUACGAUGGAAGCGGGUUCAAUUGUUCUCAUGGAUUUGUUAUGGUCUGACCCAACAGAAAAUGAUAGUGUAGAAGGAUUACGGCCGAAUGCGAGGGGUCCUGGGCUGGUCACUUUUGGGCCUGAUCGAGUAAUGGAGUUCUGUAAUAACAACGAUCUGCAGCUAAUAGUGAGAGCGCAUGAGUGUGUAAUGGAUGGGUUUGAACGAUUUGCCCAAGGACAUCUAAUCACUCUUUUCUCAGCCACGAAUUAUUGUGGGACUGCAAACAAUGCUGGUGCCAUACUGGUUCUGGGUAGGGAUCUUGUAGUGGUUCCCAAACUUAUACAUCCAUUGCCACCGGCUAUUACAUCACCUGAAACAUCGCCAGAACGUCAUAUAGAGGACACAUGGAUGCAGGAGCUUAAUGCUAACAGACCACCAACACCGACUAGAGGGCGCCCUCAAGUAGCGAAUGACAGAGGUUCUCUUGCUUGGAUUUGA